ACUUGUCUAUGGCAAAUGUCAUUCUCAUCUGGCUUGCAGUGUUGAAGCUGUAUUUUCAAGAUUAUUUUAGAUUUAUUCUUCUUGGUUGUUUAAUUUGAAACUAUCUAGGACCUAUUACGGUCUGUCUCAAAUAUAUUAAAAUACAUAAACAAUGUCCGUUAUAGAAUUUUUGAAAGAUCUUCCGUCUUACGACGAACACAACUUUACACUUUUCAAUACCGACCACGGCAUCAGAAAUUGUUCUAAAAGACCGUCUAUAUACCUGCCUACUAAGGACAUACCUUCCGAACAAAUUAUUGUAACAGAAAAAACAAAUAUUUUGUUAAGAUAUCUACAUCAGCAAUGGGAGAAAAAGAACAACAACUCACCGAAAAAACGUGACCAGAGCCAUAUUGAACAAAACGGAGAUGAUAGCAGACCACGCAAAAGGCCGUGUCUCAACUCCCCUCUCAACUGAAACCAAUCCACUUCAUCAGUUAGUUUGUGCUUCAGUU